UUCGUCACCUUAUGUGACGUCAUGACAGAUGGUCACGUGACAAGGAAACCCCUAGAAAAGGAGGGGACCUUCCCGCUAACCGCACAACCGCUCUCUGAGACACUCAACGAGCGUAUACGCUGCACAGAAAACUUCUCCACCGCCCAGCGCAAAAGUCUCUCUGUCUCAAAAACGAUGGCGAGUUCCAAGAUGAGCAAGCUCCAUUCCAAGAUGACCGUCUUCAGCGCCGUCUUGGCGCUGUGUUCUUACUUCUUCCUGCGAAGAACGUCGGUCGAGUUUCGGGAAGAAAUCUUCAUCCAAGCGCCGGAGAGCGAAGUUUUCGAGUUCUUGUCCGACGUCCGGCUCUUGGACUUCGUUCACCCUUAUAGAGUGGGCGCCUUUAACAUCACGGCAGUGACGGAUGACUCAGGGCUAGAGGGAGUCAACUACGACAACGUGGAAAGGAUCGACUUCUUCGGACUCUACACCGAGACACUCUACUUCCCCGUCCACACAAGAUUCCUCAAAAACGCAGGCGAGGUCCGGUCAUCCUAUGACGUCAUGAACGGCACCAUCGUGGCCAAUCAGUCCUUCACGCUACAUCCGGGCAAGCGCAACGGGGUCAACGGCACGCUGGUCGUUGACGUCAGCCGGGUGAGCCUACCCUGGGUCUACUCACACUUCACCGCCUGGAAGGGGGGCGAGGCGCACCGCAUGAUCCUCGGGGGCAUGCGCAGAUUCCUCGAGGGGGAAAACCGUGACGUCAUCACCCUCCUGAAGCAGUACGCCGACUUGAGAAUACAGUUUAACGAACUCAGACUCCUGUCCAAUGACAUCACGUCAUUCUGUGUGCUCCCCAUGAUCUGUUCGAACUCGUGAUGCCAUUGGUCCAUUUGAAAUUUUAAAGAAAAUCUAACCAAUCAGAGUAUUUUUUUGCUGACCAAUCGCUGGAAGACAUAAAGUGACGUGAGAUAGAGGUAGAUAUAUUUAUAUGGUCGACAUGGCGCUCUUAGCGUCCUCAAGAUGCCAUACGCACAAAUGUUAGGUGUCAAGAGCAUACAAAUCUUAAAGAAAUGCAGAAGAAAACGUAUGGACACCUUAAGGAUACUGCUACAUGUAGCUCAGAAAAGAAAGUCUGUUCAAGUUGUACCCAAGAUAUCGCACAAUUCUUGUAUAUAAUAAUAUUAGAAUGGAUUCGUGUGAAAAGAGAAGUAUAUCUUUGUUACAAAGGAAGCAUUUAACAGAAAUGCUCUGGAUAAAAGAAACUAUGUUAUUGUAAAUAUAUUUGUCAGAAUAAAUAUGUAUUGUGUUGAAAGU